CGCUCUCCUUCUAUCCACAGAUCUGCAUUUUCUCACGUGAUCAUUCGUCACUCACUUACCUCAUCACUCAUCACUCAUCAUUGACAUUUCAAUCAGAACUAUCUUAGUGGAAUCAUCAAUCAAUUUAUUAUGCCAUGCAUAGCUUCACUGAAUAUAGGGGAUCAAUGAAAUUCUUUCAAGUCAUGCCCUUCUAUUUCUGAAAUCUCUUGUGCUGUCUGAAUGGAGAAUCAUGCUUGGCAAUUACAAUCUCAGAUCUGAAUUUUGGAUUUAAACCUUAAAAUGCAAUCAUGAUUUGUUUCCUCAUUCAACGCCUCUACAGCUUCAUGUGCAUCAGCCCACACUUAUAUUCAGGAUUUGCUUUUGUUUACUAUGAAGAUGAGCGUGACGCUGAAGAAGCAAUUCGUGCUCUUGACAACAUUCCAUUUGGUUAUGAUAAGCGACGACUAUCUGUGGAGUGGGCUAGGGGUGAACGUGGGCGUCAUCGUGAUGGAUCAAAGGCAAACCAGAAGCCCACAAAAACUCUAUUUGUGAUUAACUUUGACCCGAUUCGCACUAGAGUUAGUGAUAUAGAGAGACACUUUAAGCCUUAUGGACAGCUUCAUCAUGUUCGAAUUCGCCGGAACUUUGCAUUUGUGCAGUAUGAAACACAAGAAGAUGCCACUAAAGCCUUAGAGUGUACAAAUAUGAGUAAGAUACUGGACAGGGUGGUCUCUGUAGAGUAUGCUCUGAGGGAUGAUAGUGAGAGGGUUGACAAUUAUAGCAGUCCCAGAAGAGGAGGAGGUCUUGCUAGAUCUCCCAGUCCAGCCUAUCGCAGACGACCAAGUCCUGACUAUGGCCGUCCACGUAGUCCUGUGUACGACAGGUAUAGUGGACCAGACAGGCGGAGGAGUCCUGAUUAUGGCAGGAACAGGAGUCCUGAAUACGGCAGAUAUCGCAGUCGUUCACCAGUACGAAGGUCGAGAACUUAAGUGGUGUCUGGUUUGAGAGUAAGUAGCAGGGCUUCAGUGGCACUUUAUUACUCUCUUGAUGUUAGAAUAGUAAUUGGUACACUAUUAUGGAUUAAAGAGUACUUUUCAGCCUUAUGUGGAUUGGCAUGGUUUGGUUUGUGUCUUUGCUAUGUAGUAAUAGGAAUUGAAUAUAAAACUGUUUGGAGUUGGAAUUAUUGAUUCAUAUUACUGAAGUGAUAUCAUGUUGUGCUUCGACGGAAUCUAAAUGGGUUUGAGAAUUAA